AUGUCCACAAAUACUGAUGAUUAUUCAUACGAUUAUGAAUAUUUAUAUAAAAUCGUUCUUAUUGGAGAUUCAGGUGUUGGUAAAUCAAACUUGUUAUCUCGAUUCACCAGAGAUCAAUUCAAUUUAGAAUUAAGAUCCACUAUUGGAGUUGAAUUUGCUACUCGUACUUUAGAUAUCGAUGGUAAAAGAAUUAAAGCUCAAAUUUGGGAUACGGCAGGUCAAGAAAGAUAUCGUGCUAUUACAAGUGCUUAUUAUCGUGGUGCUGUUGGUGCUUUAAUUGUAUAUGAUAUUGCUAAGACUGAAAGUUAUGAAAGUGUAUCAAGAUGGUUAAAAGAAUUAAAAGAAUAUGCUGAUGCAAAUAUUGUUAUUGAAUUAGUAGGGAAUAAAUCUGAUUUAGAUCAUUUAAGAGCUGUACCAACUGAUGAAGCAAGAAAUUUUGCUAAUGAAAAUAAUUUAUUAUUUACUGAAGCUUCAGCUUUAAAUUCAGAUAAUGUUGAUUUAUCUUUCUUACAAUUAUUAAAAAAUAUUUAUGAAAUGAUUAGUAAACAUCAAUUAGAUGGUGGUGAUGGUUCAAAUAAUAAUAAUAAACCUUCUACAGGUGGUCCAACCAUUAGUUUAACUCCUAAACCAAAAGAUAAACCAUCAAAGAAUAACUCCAAUUGUUGUUAA